AUGGUUUCUAAAAAGAAUCGACUGUACAUUGCUCUGUACCCUAGCGGAAUCACCGGUAACGAGGAACGGAGAUACCAUUGGGGCUUUCUCGUUGGACCAAAGAUCGAGAACAAGCCCAAAGUCUCUGGCAGGCGUUUCCACGUCAAGAACAAUCCCUUUCAUAACUGGAUAUAUGAGGAAAUGGACUUGCCCAACGUGCGGGGCACCGUCAGUCUCCUUGCCCGCAUCCUGAUUGCCAAGAUCGAGGAUGAUGAGCGACUCGUGCAAAUCUUUCGGGAAACACCAGUCGUCCAGGGCGACGCGAACUGGCGGUGUCGCACGUGGAUUUCUGAUGCCCUGGCCAGGAUACAGAAGGACGGCGGCGCGGUCGGGACGGCGCAGCUGGACUGGCGCAUCAUUGAGCCACUUGCUCGCAAGUAUGUAGCUGAGAAGACUGCAGCGGGACGAUACGCGGGCUCCGUCUCCAUGUUGCUGCCGAAACCAACAUGGGAUGCAAUUGAGGGAAGGGAGACUGUGCCCUAG